CUUAAAGUGGGCGAAAUCUGCUGGACUUGUUCAUGUUUUAUCAAUUUUGGGUCAUUAUGGAGAAUAUAAAUGUGAAGUUGAAGCGGAGAAGUGAAUCCACGUUUCAUAACUGAGCCGCCUUCUAGAUGUUGAAAGAUGACACUGUGGAACCAGCUGCAGCUGCUGGACCCUCUGUAUUUAGAGCAAGUGGACCAGCUCUACGAUGAAUCUUUCCCUAUGGAGAUCCGUCAGUAUCUCAGUCAAUGGAUCGAGAGUCAUGACUGGGAAUCCGUUGCAAGUAACGUGUCUUUGGCAACCCUACGCUUUCAUGAGCUCUUGAGCCAACUAGAUGAGCAUUACAGCCGUUUCUGCCUGGGAAACAAUUUUCUGCUACAGCAUAAUAUACGCAAAAUCAAGCGUAACCUACAGGUGCACUUUCAGGAAGAUCCAGUUCACAUGGCCAUGAUCAUAGCCAACACUUUAAAUGAAGAGCGGAAGAUACUGCAAACUGCAGAUAGUUCACAAAGUAACUCUGAUCCAUCUCAGGGGAGUGCUAUGAUGGAACAACAAAAUGAGUUGGAUAAUAAAGUCAACAAUUUUAGGAAGACCGUGCAGAAAAUAGAACAGGACGGUCAGGUUUUGGAAGAUGUACAAGAUGAGUAUGAUUUUAAGAAGAAGACCUUGCAGAGUCGAGUGGAAGUUGAGAUGAACGGGCAGAUAACAAAAGAGAUACAGCAGGAGGAAAUGACCAUCAAAAAAAUGUUUAUUGAGCUGAACAAAAACAGAGAGGUGGUGAUAAAAGACAUAGCUAACGUACUGAUUCUAGCCGAGCAGAUCGAGCAAACACUUAUAUCAGAAGAGUUGCCUGAAUGGAAGCAAAGGCAACAGAUGGCUUGCAUUGGAGGUCCACCCAAUGCUUGCUUGGACCAACUGCAGAGCUGGUUCACAACAGUGGCAGAAUGUCUGCAGCAGAUUCGCCAACAACUGAAAAAAAUUCAGGAACUGGUGCAGAAGUUCACCUACGACAACGACCCCCUCACUCUGGGCAAGAGCCAGCUGGAUGAACAGGCCCUUUCACUCUUUAAAAACCUUAUAUUAAAUUGUCUUGUAGUGGAGAGACAGCCGUGCAUGCCCACACAUCCAUACAGACCCCUGGUGAUAAAGACAGGAGUUCAGUUCACGGUUAAGAUCAGAUCACUAGUCAAACUCCCAGAACUGAACUGUCAACUCAAAGUAAAGGUCUCUAUUGACAAGAAUUUAACAGAAAUGGACAUGAUGAGAGGAUUCCGGAAAUUCAACAUUUUAGGGGCUGCUUCUAAAGUCAUAAACUUAGAGGAAUCCAGCGGGUGUUUGGCAGCGGAAUUCCGUCAUUUGCAAUUAAAAGAAAUGAAAUGUAACAGAACAAAUGAGAAUCCUCUCAUCAUUUCUGAGGAGCUGCAUUUAAUCACAUUUGAAACGCAGCUCCUUCAGUCUGAGCUAUGCAUCGAUUUAUCGAUCACAUCCCUGCCUAUCGUGGUGAUCUCACAUGUGAUGCAGUUGCCGAGCGCCUGGGCCUCUAUCCUGUGGUACAACAUGCUUUCCAGUGAACCUCACAAUUUGACCUUCUUCCUGAAUCCACCUCCGGUGAAAUGGGGGCAGCUUUCAAAGGUCAUAAACUGGCAGUUUUCUUCCGUCACCAAGCGAGUGCUGAAUUCCGAGCAGCUCAGAAUGCUUGCAGACAAACUUCUUGGUGCUGGAGCUGGGGGUGAUCCCGAGGGACUCAUCCAUUGGAAUAAAUUUUGCAAGAUCUCUCCUAAUGAGAGGGGUAUACCAUUUUGGCUGUGGAUUGAUGGAAUACUGGACCUUAUUAAAAGACACUUGAUUAGCAUCUGGAAUGAGGGGUACAUUGUAGGCUUUCUAAGUAAGAAGCAAGAGAAGACUUUGUUGCAAGACAAACUGCCAGGCACUUUCCUUCUGCGCUUCAGUGAAACCUGUCGAGACGGAGGAAUCACCAUCACAUGGGUGGAGCAUGCACAGAAUGGUGAACCUAAAAUCCAUUCUGUAAAGCCCUACACUAAAUCAGAUCUGGCCAACAUCUCCUUACCGGACGUCAUUCGUGACUAUACCCUCACCGCUGCUGAGACGGUUCCUGUGAACCCUCUAAUCUAUCUGUACCCGGACGUCCCAAGAGACGUGGCCUUCGGUCGCUACUAUACCAGCUCACCUGAAGCUUCAGAAAACAUGGAGAUAGACAGACCAAUCAGCCCAUGCCCAUACAUGGACAGACGCAUGAUCUCUGUCUCAGACUUCCCUCUUUCAAGACCCCAAGACAGUCCUAGAACACAUCAGGAACUUGGGUUGGACACAUUGGUCUCCUCUGGAUCAUAUUAGUGCUUCGGCUGUCCUGCAUUUACUCUGCACCUUUCAUACCAGUGAUUACAUUUACAGUUAAACUACUUUGAAACUACUCGUUUCUUAUUAUAGAAAAACGUGAAAUUAUGUUGAAGAAACCUGCAGGUUACUGCGGAGUUGUAUUAUAUAUACCAGUAUAUAUAUUGUAUAUACCAGUACCAGUCACCAGAUACUACAGUACAUGCUACAAUUGUCAAUGCAUACACAUCUGCUUCUGUGAAGUCAUCUGUCUGAGGAAUAGAAAUCAACUCAUCUUGUGAAGCAUUUAUUUAUUAUUGCACAUCAGAAUACAUCUAUAUACUGUAAUGCCUUAAUUGCACAUGUACACAUGUUGGACAGAUACAACCUACAAGAAACCAUAGGGAAAUAAAUGCCAUCUUACACUGAGCUGUCAAUAGAGAUGCUAUUUCAGAUUCAAUCAUGCAUCUGUACUUUAACAUAGGACAAUGGUGGAUAAUAUUAAAUGCUAAUAAAGAUUAUGAAAUGAUUUGCAUUGAUAAAGCUUGCCCACGUGUGAGAGCAGAUUGUGCAUUUCUCAAUUGGAGACUCCACAUGUAGAUAAUAAUAUAGCAAUGUAUGUGAGACAAAAUAAUACAAGUGUUCUCGUAUUGAAAGUUCGCACUGGGAGUUCACAAGGCGGAUGCCAUUUACUUUCCAUUUUAGUUGGUGGGAAGUUUGUAUUUGGUUUGGUGUUUUCUCAUUUGCUCAUAAUUUAAUCUACUUUAGAGGUUUACAUGGAAAGGACACAGUAUGUUCAGUGUAUAUUUAAAUAAAAAAC